AUGGGUGUUUUAGACGGUUUCAAGGCAUUUAUCCAUUCGAUAACAACCAAUGAUCAUUAUGCAUCCUAUAAUUCACCAUUUAAGUCUAAUGACAAGUCUGAAAAUACCGGUUUAUCCUCGUCCAUUUCACAAAUUGGAGGGUCAACGCUACAAUUGAAUGCCGAUUUGAACUCGUCAACUCACUCGUUAUCUGAUAAUAAUAACAAUAACAAUAAUGCUUCUGCCGCGUUUUACAGACCAGGUACAAAGUCUAAUCAAGCUCGGCAAUACGACGUGCAAUUACAAAACUUUGACGCUAAUGGGUUGCCUCCUUUACCUUCAAUAGAUUCGUUAUGGGAUCGAAUUGAACAUUGGAUUGACGAAGAAUAUCCUGAGUUGGAUGAUAGUUUGAAUGAUGGGGUUACAACAGCAGAUUUAAACGAGUUUUUACAAGAUUUGAAGUGUGGCUCAAAUAGUCUACCUGAAGAUUUUAGGCAGUUUUAUAAGAGACAUGAUGGUCAAUUGAGAGGAGGAAAGCCUACAGGAUUGAUUAUGGGAUUAGCCUUGUUGGAUUUGGAAAGUAUAAUUGAAGAAAACAUGAUGUGGAAUAAAGUUAGUGAGAGAUUGGAAAGACAAAAGUAUGCAAUUCAACAUCAACAACAACAACAACAACAACAACAACAACAGCAGCAGCAGCAGCAAAAACAGCAACAUUUAGAAAACGAAACAAAAGAAGGUACCAGCAGUUUGCUCCAACAACAACAACAACAAAAACCAGUAUUAGCAUCAACAUCCACAAGUACAAACACCUUUUUGAAUAACCAGAGAUCAAUUCCUCCAAACUCAAUCCAGCCUUAUUACUACCAUAGAGGAUGGGUUGUUCUACUCAAAGAUAACAUUGGAAAUCAAGUUGGAAUGGAUUUGAGUCCCGGUCCACUGGGUACUUGGGGUCAAAUUAUAUUAUUUGGACGCGAUUUCGAUACAAAGUUGGUUGUUGCUCAAAAUUUGCAAGAUUUUAUUUAUACAUUUGUUAGUGAUUUAGAAGAAGGUAAUUUCUUAAUAGACUCAAGUGAAUAUCAAGAACAAUUGGGAUACCUUUCUCCAGAAAGAGACGGCGAUUAUAUGAUUGGCGAUGAGGACGAAACUCAAGGUGAAUUGAGUUUCUUUGAUAGAGAUGGUAAAGAAUUCGGUAAAGGUGGCAUUAGAGGAAGACCAAGCUAUAUUGAGAUAUUGAAAAGGAGAGCGUUGAAAAGAUAUGGGUUGAGUGAAAAUUUCCAAACAGUAUUUCAGCCGGUGCAACAACGAGUUUAUAAUAAGAAAGUAGUGGCUACCAAUGGGUCGGGAAGAAAUAGUCCUAUUUCAAGCCAAUCGAGAAAUGGAUCAACUCACAAUUUGAACAAUUCGUCAACAACUAGUUUAACAGCACCUAAUAGAAACAAACCAGCAGUGUCCAGUCCAUUAGUGUCCUUGGAUAAGGGCUCGAGUUCUUUUUCAGUGCCUAAGGAAACUAUAAUUGAUGGGAAGACUGCUACAGCAGUGGAUAAGCGAGUUGUUGAUAAUAAAGUAAACAAAGAAUUUGAAGAAUUGGCCAUAAAUGAGGAGAGUAAGGAUACCAAAACAGCAACUUCUGCAAAAUCGGAAGUUGCAGGAGUUUCAGAAGUCACACAGGCUGUACCAGUAGUUACUAUUGAGCAAGAGGAAAAGAAAGAAACGCAUACAAGGAAUGGUGAUGAGGAAAAAGGUGAUGAGAAAACAGAUGAUACGGUGAAAGCCGAAACCGAAAAGGCAGAGGAAGGAGAAGAAGAAAAAGGAGAAGGAGAAGAAAAAGGAGAAGAAAAAGGAGAAGGAGAAGAAAAAGGAGAAGAAAAAGGAGAGAAAGAAGAAGAAGUUGACAAACAAGAAGCAGACGAGUUGGCAUCAAAACAAAAGGAAAUUUCGGAUACAAUUUAG